GAAAAACACGAUCAAAGUUUUGAAAAAGCAACGAGAAGAAGCGCGGCGGCAAAAAGAAAAACUAUCCCAGCGAGAAGAAAUUGUCUAUCGCAUUUUUUUUUUGUUUACAUCUCCACCCGCCAGACGAUUGAAGACAUUCCGAACAUUUUUCACCACCCUUUACGGCUGCAAAGUUCAAGGUCGAAUGUGCGUUGGCCGAAAACCGUGGGAGCGAGUGCGGGCCUUUGCGCAAAUCAACGAUCGUUGGCAGUGCGAUUUUUCAUCAAACAAAAUGUAUCGCGCCAGAGAGUGAUUGGCGUGGGCAGUGAUAAAAGUGCCGAUUGUCCGUGGGUGUGUUUCACCGUUUCUAGUUGCACCACCGACGACGACGACGACGACGACGAAGAAGACCAAGGAGUAUGAACGGGCCGCCGGUAGUGUCGAUCUUCAACGAUGGCGUUAGUAUCAACCUUAACCGGAGCGAGAUCGAGCGGCAGCGUGCCGCCGAGGAGGAGGAAGAUCUGGCGGACCGCAAGCGACGCCAGGAGCAGUUGGCGAACGAGCUGGAGAAUGCGUUCGACGAUCUGGAUUGCGACGAUACGCUGAACUCAUCCACCCACCACUACAGCGACGAGGAGGACGAUUUCGAUUCGGGGUGCGAUGGCAAACGAACGCUCCCACCCGCGUCUGUACCACCGCCAAGAAUGCAAUUGAACGGCAUGAUGAACCUGUUCGAUCACGCACCGGCCACUCCUGCGAAGGACGGCGGCGGACCGGCGCCAGAAGAUGGACUGGCCGUGCGGGAGUUGCGCCUGCUGCUCGAAUCGAAAACCCGCGAACUGGAGCACGUGACGCGGGAAAUGUACGAUCAGUGCCACAAGCACGAGCAGCAGAUAGGGGAGCUGGAGAAAAAGCUGCUCAUCGAGCAGGCCGAGAAGGAUCGGGCCAACAUGACGCGGGACCAGACCCGCGAGCUGUUGGUGCAGAGCAAGACGAAAAUCUCCGAGCUGGAGGACGCGGCGGAGAAGCUGCGGGCGAAGGUGUCCGGGCUGGAGGACCAGAACGUGAAGCUGGUGGCCGAGCUGGAGCAGAAGAACAUGAUGCUGCAGGACAGCCUGCACCGCUACCGGAUGCUGGAGCAAAACUCCGCCCAAAAAGCCGACCGGCACACGGACGCACUGCUGAAGCAGACGGAGGAGCGGCACAACGCGAAGGUGGCGAUGAUGCAGCAACAGAUCGACAAUCUGCGCAGCGAGCUGGACGACCGGCAGCAGGACUGCCGCCGGCUGGAGGCUCGCUACGGCGAGCUGCAAAAGUCCCGCGAGGCGCUGCUGAUCGAGCAGUCCGAAACCGUGCAGCGGUUGCAGGACCAGCUGGAGGAUUCGCAGCGCCAGUGCUCGAACUUGCUGUCCCGGACGAAGGCUCAGGGCGAUUUCGAGCAGGAACGGUUGCGGCUGCGCAGCCGCAUCAAUGCGCUCGAGCAGGAGCAGUCGGAAAUGCGCCAAACCAUACACGAUCUCACGCACCGGCUGGAGAAAUCGAACGCCGAGCUGGAGCUGAUGGACAGCAUCGUGCACGGGCAGGCGAAUGGGGCGGACGCGUCGUCGGGCGAUAGAAAGCAACCCAACGCCAACAUAACGGCGGGCUACACGUUCGCGCAGCGCAACCUGAUCGGCAGUACGCCCAACAACAACAACCGGGGUGGCGAUGGGGACGACGAUGGGGACAGCCGAGUGGUGCGGCUUAAGAACGAGCUGCGCGUGUGUGUGACCGGGCAGCAGGAAAAGCGGGAAUCGAUCCGCCAGCUGGAAGCGAAUCUGCAGGCGAAGGAUCGCGAACUGGAGCAACUGAAAAGGGACGAGGGCGAAACGCUCGUGCAGAUGAACCAGUACAAGGAGGACGCGUUCCGGCUGGCCUCCAAGUGUAGGAUACUGGAGCAGGAGCUGGAAAAGCUGUCGGUGGAGGGGCAAGGCGCGAAGAAGGAUAGCGAUCGAUCGUCGGUGGGAGGAUCGGCCGGCACGCAUCGACGCCGCUCGAGCUACGACGUACGGCAGGAAGCGUUGGAGGAUAAGAUAUUCGCCCUGCAGCAGGCAAAGCUGGAAGCGGACGAACAGAUCGAGCUGUUGGAGCGCGAGAAGGCCCAACUCACGGAGCGGUGUAAAACGCUCGACGGCGAAGCGGGCACCUGCGCCGCGCUCAAGCUGGAGGUGGAAAAGCAAAAGUUUCUCCUGGCGGACGCACAGCAGGAGUGCGAUCGGUUGAAGCGACUGUACAUUGAGGUGAGCGGCGCGAAGGAGGAGCUUGGCCGGGAGCUGAGCACGCUGCGGGCACAGGACAGUGCGAAGCAGAUCGCUGCUCUGCAGGAGCAGGCCGUGUCGCUGGAGCGAGCCCUCCAGCUGGCCGAGCUGAAGGCGAGCGAGCUGAGCAAGCUGCUCGAUAAGGAGAAGACAAGCCACGAAGAGCUGCUGAAGCAAGUGUCCUGCGGGAUGGUUGCGAGCGGUCAGAAGAAGGGGGGAUCCGUUGGAGGAGGAGGAACAGGCACAGCAUCCGGCAACAGUUGCACCAAGUGUAUCGAUGGGCUGACACAAAUCUCAAAGCUGGAAAUAGAAAAUCUCAAACUGCAAUCUGCCUGCUCGUCACAGCUGCGCGAAAUCGGUGAACUGAAGGUUCAGCUGAACGAACAGCACGCGACGGUCACGGAACUGCACAACCGGCUCGAUCUGAAGGCGGAGCGCGAUCAGCUAAUAGACGAGCUGAAGGAAAAGGCGGCCCAGUUCGAGCAGAUCAUACGGAACCAAAUUUCCACCAACUCGUCCAGCGCCACCACGAGCGACAGUGCCACCUCCCCGAUCCGGCAACGGGUAGCGUCGCGGGACCAGAGUGUCGGCACGGCAGACGAGGCGGCGGAUAGUGGUGCCACCAGUGAGGAUCGCUCCAGCGCAACACCGAUCGAUCAGCAGGACAUCCGGCGCCAGUUGCGCGAUCAGGAGCAAAAGGUGCGCGAAGAGAUGGCGAAAGCGUUCGCGGGCCAGAUCAAACAGAUCGAGGAGCGGUUCCGCGCCCAGUUUGCGCGGUUCGAGGAAAACAUUGACACGCUCAAGACCGAGCUGUACGAUCGGGUGGCCGAGCUGAAGGUGCGGAACCAGGAGGUGGAGGUGCUCAAGUGUGCGAUCGUGACGGAGCGCGAAAAGAUGCGCGAACUGCUGGCGCAAAAGGACGCGGAUGCGCGCGCCCUAUUCGACAAGCAGUCGGAGCUGAUGGGCAGGUACAAGGCGGAGGUAGCGAACGGGCAGAAGAAGGUGCAAUUUCUCGAGCGCGAGCUGCAGGAGAAGCGCGAGCUGUGCGCGAGCGAGCGGCAGUCGAUGGAGAAGCUGAUCGCGCAGAUUACGGCCGAGCGGAAAAUGUUCCGCGAGCGGGAGCAGGAGAUGAACGACCGGUUCCAGGAGGUGGAAACCGAGUACCAGAAGAGCCUGGACCUGGUGACGGAAAAGUAUCAGUCGGCGAAGAAAACCGCACUCAACUAUAAGAAAUAUGCGGAAGACAAGGAGCAACAUAUGCUGAAGGAGUACGACCGCAUUAAGGAAGGCUACAAUGUGGCGUUGCAAAAGGUGCAGACGCGCAUGAAGGAAGCGCUGGAAGGCAAGGAGCAACACUUGCGGGAAAAGAUCGCCAAGCUGGAAGCCGAGUACGAGUCGAAGCUGCAGCAUGUUCGGCAAAAAAGUUAAAACUAGCCUUUUUGUAGGGUUAAGAUUAUUUGCUGUGCGCUUGGUAGUGCCGUGCCGUGUGAUAGGUAAUAGGGUAGAAUGAAUGCUAUUUAAUAUACUACCAGCUCCAUGACGAUAUUGUA